AUGGUGAUGACGCGCGCUGCUUCCUGGUGGUUGGUGGUGGUUGUGGCGACAGCAGCAGCAUUGCUCAGCGGCACACGCGUGUGUGCCCAAGACUAUGGCCUUGUCGUGGAGUAUGACGCCACUGACGACGCCAACAACCACAACUACAACCACAACGCCAGCAGCAACCAGCCUUCGCUGCAUGUGAAAAGCCGCGGGCAUAUCCACGUGCAAAGUGGUCAAGGGCAGCAAGGGACGCGACAAGGGCAAGCAACAUCAAGGGCAGCAACAGGAGGGCAAGGGCGCGUGGUGGUGAACAGUGUGCCGGUGGUGGACCAGUUGAACAACCUGUCGCAGGCCAUUUUCGAUAUCCGCGACCAGCUCCUCAACAUCAGCGCGGCCACAUCUGCCUCCCGCGCAAGCAGCAGCAACAACGCUGACAACAACGACAUCAUCAACAGCAACAGCAACAGCACCAGCAAUGCGGGCGCCGACUGCGUCGUGGACACCUUGUUUGUCCUAAACUGUUCCGACCCCAUCUCACGCGCGGCGUUUGUGCUGUACAGGAUUUGCGGCGUGUACGCGGUGGAGGACUGCUGCUGUCCCGAGAUCGCUGCAAUCACGAGCAUCGCCACGCACAUUGCCGUCGCGCCCCAUGAGCAACAUCUGCGCUUUCCGGCAUUGGAAACAAUGGAGAGUCCCAUCCGUAUCUCAAACACAAAGCUUGUCUCUAUCCGCUUUGACGCGCUCAGCUUGGUUCCAUCGCACGUCUUCAUCAGCUCCAAUCCCCAUCUCGUGGAGGUGCACGCGAAUCAGUUGACCUUCGUACGCUCAAGCGUUAUUUUCCGCGACAACGCACAGCUGGGCAUCAUCAGCAUGGCCAACCUCUCUUGGGCUCGUUCGGCGGUGCGGGUGGUGAACAGCCCGAGAUUGCACAGCAUCAACUUCGACAGCCUUGCUCGGGUCAACAUGUUUGUACUGUCGAACACGGGCCUGGCCAGCCUGCGCUUGGGGCACAGCGUGCCACUCUUCGUUGGCCAGAGAGUCUUCCUCACGGACAACCGCAACCUCGCUACCGUCGACCUGCGCAACGUCAGCAUUAACCGGUUCUUGUACGUUGAUGCGGCUCAGGUUGCGGCCUUGGACUUUGAGCAGGUGCGACGGACCGGUGCAACACUCACCAUCUGCUGCUCAGUCAAUGGCGGCGACAGCAACAGCGACGACAACAGCAACGACAACAGCAACGACAACAGCAACGCCACCACCCUCAACCUGGCUGACCUGCUGCCGCGCGAGGUGCCGUUCUCGGUCAUGUUUGACCAACUUCCACACAUCACCAGCGUUGUCAGCGGCGGCAUCAACAGCAUGGCUGGCGAUCUCGUCAUCAAAUCAAACGAGCGCCUCGGUGCUGUGGACCUGUCCAGCAUCACGACCAUCAAUGGCGACCUUCAAGUCUCCGACAACGCCGAGCUCACCUCCCUGCUGCUCAGCCCGGCGCUGACGCAGGUGCUGGGGAACGUGCUGCUGUUCAGCAACAACUUCCAGCACGCGCCCCUCGGCAGUCUGCGGUCUGUUGGUGGCGCCCUGCAGCUCUUCGGCAACAACAUCACCGCCCUGGACGGGCUCGGCCAGCUCACCUCCAUCGGAGCCUCCCUGGACCUGAGCUCCAACCCGUUGGGCACACUCGACAUGAACGACCUCCCGCCCGUCGCCGGCAGCAUCUUCCUGCGGCUGUGCGGCCUCACCACCCUCAUCCCUCCAACCAGCAGCAGCAGCAGCAUGGGUUUCACGCGGAUCAACGGCACGCUCGACCUGUACAACAACUUGCUCACCCACUUUGAUGCUGGCGCCAUCACACACGUUGCUGGCACCCUCCGCGUCUACAACAACAGGCUGCGCAGCGUGGAGUUUCGUGGGCUGACGUACAUUGGUGGCGCUCUGGACCUGUUUGGCAACGCAAUCACGAGCAUAAGCCUCGAGCCGCUCACACACGUGGGCGGGGACGUGAAGCUGGCCAACAACGCCCUGACGCACGUCUCAUUUGGCAGCCUGGCGGAGAUAGGCGGCGGCCUGAUGCUUGGCACGAACGCAUUUGCCUCGCUCGCCUUUACCAACGUGACGCGCAUUGGCAAGGACCUUGAGGUGACGUCGAUCCACUCGCUGACGUGGUUUGACUUUGGUUCGCUCCGCUCAGUUGGUGGCCACGUGCAUGUGACCGGCAACGGCCUGCAGAGCCUGAGGUUCGGCGACCUCACGCGUGUAGACGGUGACCUGAGUCUGUACCUGAACGAUUUGACGGCCAUCUCCUCAUGGGGUUCGCUGUCGCAUGUUGGUGGAGACCUGCAACUGGACGGCAACAGCUUCACCUCCCUCAACCUCACGUCGCUGGCCUUUCCACAGCAAAGAAGGGACGAGGAGACAGACGACACAGACAAAGCCAUGGACCCCGGCGGCGACCGCGUGAAGCUGCUGGACCUGGCUGAGGAAGGCAAUGUGGUCGAGCUACAAGCAGACAGACACGGGCAUGGUGAGCAUGCCAUGGUUGCCUACGCUUGGACGGAUGAACACAACAGCAGCAAGCAGAAACGCCACCGUUGCGGCAGCAUCAUGGGCGACACUGCUGCGAUCAAAAUGAGCUCUUCCACGGACAUGGCCGGCAACAUGGACGCAGCCACCACCACCACCACCACCUCCGCAACGACUGGCCAGCACCGAGCCCGCCGCGCAUGCAAGUGGCUCACUGGCCUGAUGGCCUUUUCCGCAGUCCUCUUUGGUGUCUCGCUUGGCGUGUCGCUGUACGUGCUGCUGCACAACACCAACAUGGACGACGCAUCCCUCAACGCCGUUGACAUCUACAUCAUCGACACGGCUGCCUCCGACGGUGGCACACUCGCCUCCUCACCGACGCCCCCACCACAGAACCCCAACAGCGGCGGCAGUGGUGGCGAUGGGCCGCCAAGCUCCUCGUCAUCAUCAGCGUCAUCGUCAGCGGGCACCGGCGCGCCUGCAGACGUGGUCAUCACCUUGAACGCCACCUUGCCAGACAUCGCCAGCGCCCACACCAUGCACAUUGGAGAGGCAAGCUGUGCCAUUCUGGUGGGCGGCGAGGACCUGGCCCUGGCAGAGCUUCCCGUCGGCGUGAGCCUCGGUGCAAGCCACCACCGGACCAUUGUCACCAACGUGACCAUCCGCGUGUCCAGCCUCGAGCGCAUUGGGCACCUCCGCUCCUCCUUCCUUGCGUCCCUCCACCACGGCUCUCAGCAACAGCUGCCGGUCGUGACGGCUCGUUGCCGUGUCCCUGUGGAUGUGGACGUCUUUGGUGCCAUCCACGUCGGGCCCUUCACCCUGGACACCACCCUCAACAUCACCGACAUCCUCACCAGCCUGGGCCACAGCGCUCUCGCCUACAUGGAGGCGCAAGGUGCAUCUCCGCCACAGCCGGAUCAGCCGUUCACAAGCACCAGCAGCACCACUACUACCAACAACAACACCAACAACAACGACAACACCAGCGACCAAGACCCCAAGCCCGGCGUGGUUGGCGAUGGUCGUCACAACGCGGAUCCAAUGUACCACACCCACGUUGGCCAGCAGCAACAACAACAACAACAACAACAGCAGCAGCAGCGCGGCACAGAGGAGGCCGCCUCGCUGGUGCUGCACGUGACGGGGCUGAAGUCGACCACGACCGCCACCCCAGUCACCAUCGGCUCCUUCCCCGCAUCGCUUGUGCGCUCUCACCUUCCCCUGGACAGGGCAACCCUGCACCUGCCUCAGUCCACCUUUCUGCUGUGGACCAAGACGCCUGCAUUGGUCUCUCUGUCCUCCAGCGCGCCCUUCUGGGAGACGCUGCCAGAAGCAGGCCCGCUGCGCCCAUGCAAGCUUGGAGAGGACGUCGUGGUGGUGGGCUUUCACGACCACAGCAUCCCGCUUGUCCUCGGUGGGCAACUGCAGGCGGAUGUGCACGUGGAGGUCCUGUCAGCAUCAGCAACGCUUGAUGUCGACGGUAGCUAUGCAGCAGAGGCCCUGCUCGCCAAAGCCGCCGCGUCCAGCUCUAGGGCUGGGGCCGGUGGCCUGCUGCCACUGCUUGGCAGGCAGUUUGGCACGGCGCUGCUGUCUCAACAUGCCACCACAUACUUCCGCUCUGCACAGAAGCGGGACAACGUGCUCACGCGUGCUCUCGGCCAUUUCCACCUCGCGCAGGAGUACAACCCCGACGCCGGCAGUGCUGGUGGCACCACCGACGCAGAUGCAGACGCACUUGUGAACGCCUUGCUGCCGCCAGACCUACACGACACGCGCUCGCACCUGUUGCACGCCAUCAACAACGCCACAGAUCACCGCCGCCGCCGCCGCAAUGACGACGACAACGACACCAGCGCUGACGCGUGGACCCGUCUUGGCUUUGCCCUGCGUGCCCGCUUGUUUGAUUCGCUGAGCAGCAGCGCCCAAGGCGGCAUUGCCGGCAACGUCACUGUGAUGACAGGCGCCCUGGGCAGCGUCAAGGACAACGUCAUCGUCACCCUGAGUGGCAGCCUCUCUGCGCACGGCAGGGUGCAGGGCGCAGGCAUUGGUGCAUUCAGCUAUGACAGUCGCGAGCAGAACGCAUGGGCUGAGGUUGACAUCCACGCCCCGCAGUGGCCAGCAGCGUGGCUGAACAUGUCGGCGUCCGCGACAUGGACAGGCAGUGGCGCAGAAACGCACGUGGUCUUGCACCACUCCAUCGCGUUCCAGAGCACGGGCGAGACCAUCGUCGGCCACGCGACAGGCACCCAGCAAGGUGCCCACACAUCGAUUCAGCACUCGCUCGUGAGCAGUGACGAUGACGGGGGCGUGUGGGGCAUCCACGCGUGGCACGCCAACAUCAGCGCUUGGAAUGUCCCGCAGGGCGCACGGGCACGCGUGUGUGUGAACAGUAACAGCACCAGCGGGCGUGACGGCGAUGGCGGCGAUGGCGGUGAUGGUGGGGUCUUCAUUGACGGCACGGGAGUGUUUAGCGAUGAUGCGUGGGAGAGCAUUCGUGCGUUGUGGAACGCCAGUGUGAACGGCAAUGUGCGUGAUAGCGCGGUUGCCGUGACGACCACUGCAAAGUUCAAGCGCCGCGCAGAUCUCCCCGCAUCCCCAAUGGCGUGUCAUUUCCUCUCAACGGAUGACGAGCACAUCGUGUUCGACUUUCGCAUGCAUGGGGAGGCGCAUGCUCACGCACUCCUGUACGCCGAUGCAACGACAACAGAGACAGAGAGCUACCGCAUCCUGGACGUUGACGUCCCCGCUGCCGGUUUGUACGUGAAUGGCGAGACGCUGUUCGCCAUCAAUGACUGGUACAAGUUCCAGGUGGUGCAGGGCCGGUGGGACGUGUACAAUGCAACCCCACCAGCCACCGACUUCUCGCUGUCGUGGCUAACGGCGGUGCAGGUGCAGGAGGAGUAUGGGACGGUGGCGUGCAACAUCCUGGUUGAGCGUGGCGGGUACGUUGAGACGGAUGUGUCGUGGUCUGGGAGCGACCGGUUUGCGCUGACGAUGCACGCGAACGCGACGACGACUGAGACGGAGAGCUACCGCAUCCUGGACGUUGAGGUGCCUGCAGCGAGCCUGGACGUGAACGGCGAGACGCUGUUUGCCAUCAAUGACUGGUACAAGUUCCAGGUGGUGCAACCGCAACCGUACGCGUGGAACCCGGUUCCGCGGACCGACUUCUCGCUGUCGUGGCUGACGGCGGUGCAGGUGCAGGAGGAGUAUGGGACGGUGGCGUGCAACAUCCUGGUUGAGCGUGGCGGGUACGUUGAGACGGAUGUGUCGUGGUCUGGGAGCGACCGGUUUGCGCUGACGAUGCACGCGAACGCGACGACGACUGAGACGGAGAGCUACCGCAUCCUGGACGUUGAGGUGCCUGCAGCGAGCCUGGACGUGAAUGGCGAGACGCUGUUUGCCAUCAAUGACUGGUACAAGUUCCAGGUGGUGCAGGGCCGGUGGGACGUGUACAAUGCAACCCCACCAGCCACCGACUUCUCGCUGUCGUGGCUGACGGCGGUGCAGGUGCAGGAGGAAGCCAUCCACUUCCACGAGAAGGACCUCGCCAUCACGGUGGAAGCGUUGGGCGAGAAGCACCCGAGCGUAGCCACGUCGUACUUCAACAUCGGCCUGCUCUAUGACAAGCGCGGUGACAAGGAGCAGGCCUGCGCGUACAUGCAGCAGGCGCUCGACAUUUUCACAAGCACGCUCAGGCCAGACCACCCACACACCCUCAAGGCGGAGCGCAACCUGCGGCGCAUUCGCGGUGGUGCUGUGACUAGGCAGCACACAUCCACGCAACACGUGUCAGAGUCUCGACUUCAGCAGCAACACGUGCUUGCUCAUCGCAACCUUCUUCUUCGGUUCAUCUCUUCUGCUGUCGUGUACCAGGCGUUUGCUCCACAACGCAACCUGCUCAUGCGAUUUCCCGGUGCAGUUGCACAUGCUGACGUUGACGCAAGACGCCCAGCAAACACAGGCAGCGACGGUGAGGACAAGAAGACAGGGACUGGGCGAGAUGCUCCUCGUGGCUGCUCAGCACCAGCAAGAGCGUUGUACAAGGACGCUUGCGAGUGCCCGAGUGAGCCUCCGGCCGGUUGGUUGCGGAAGCGUGGGCGACGGAGGGCCGCCUUUCGCCCGUGCUGGUGCAGGCUUGACGACGACGGCCACCUCGCGUACGGCAAGUCCGCGUCAGGCACGGCCAAGCGACGCAUCCCCCUGUCCAGCGUGCUGUCAGCUGAGCUCGCCCAUGGUGGCGAGGAGUUACACGUUGCUGUUUCUGGCCGCACCUUCGUCUUCCGCCUGGACGCGCGCUCUGACACCUCGCUCGCUGACUGGUCCUAUUUCACCCCCACAUCCACGCCCACAACGCCCGCCUUGCGCAUCAGCAGCUCCAGGGCGCGGCCGGUGGAAAAGUAG